CGCUCGUUGACCUACUGUACAGAGCAAGGUCAGGCGCAAACUUAAAGAGUUAGGUCGGUUUCAUAGAUCUGAUAUACACUGGUCAAACGACUGCCCAGCGAUGUCUAGGAAGAUACUACUGGCCAUGGAUGGCAGUUCCCAUUCCGAAUUCGCCUUUGAAUGGUACAUUAAUAACCUGAUGAGGCCGAAUGACCAGCUUCUUAUAGUCAGCGCACUGGAACGCCAUAAUGGCCUGACGAAUGCCCUGGGUAGUGCUGACGUACAGUCUCUGUGUAAUAUUCUGGAUGAAGAGGCAGAUGAACACAAGACGCUUGUGGAGAAUUUAACAAAAAAACUGGAUUCCACGGGGUUAAAAGGGAUGGUUAAAACACAGCUCGGUAAGGCGGGAGAAAUAGUGAUCAAACUAGCCAAUGAAGAGCACGCUGACCACAUCAUUUGUGGCUCCAGAGGCCACAGCAAGAUGAGGAGAACACUGAUGGGUAGUCAUAGCGACUAUAUCUUACAUCACGCGCACGUGCCCGUGACAGUAUGUCGUCACCCAAAACAUUUACAUACAGCGACAGUUGCCGGGUCGCUUCACUCUCUUAACAGCAAUGACGGUUGAAAGGUACACAAACUGUAAAAAUGACAAAUGAACUCUUGAAUGUAAUAUUGUCUGCUUUGGAUCAAAUACUUCAAAUUUCCAGUUAGGAUUAUACAUCAUAGGUUCCGCGUCAAUGUUUUCAAAUACAAACAAUAUAUAUGAUGUUAAUUCUUUAGAAAUCAAGAGCCUCUUUGAUAAUAUAAACAUAAAAUAUUUGUAACAUGGUAAAAUGUUGUGAAUAAAGUUACUAUAAUAAUGUAUAA